AUGGCUCCUAAUGGUCUUGGAUCCUACCUUUGGCGUGUCUCUAUCUCUCUUCUUCUCUUCUCGGCUGCCUCAACCAUCUCCGCCACUUCAAGUGUUGACAACGGCAAACUGUUUACGAUCAAUGGCAUCAACUACUAUAGUGGUGAUGCGGUCUCGAGAAUAGUUAUCUCGGAUUUUGAUUCUACUCGAUUUGAUGCAAUCGUUCCCCUGACGAUAAUUCGGACAGAUGAAACUCUGCUCACCACGAACAUUAUAAAAGAAACCAUCUCAAACUAUUCGGCCACCGAUGAUGUUUUCCAGUCCGAAUUUCUUGAAGCGCUUUUUCUUGUCUACGAUGGAGACGGUCGGGGCCAAGUCGAGGCUGAUGUUCAAAAUGCUCUGGGGGGGCUUGGAAAUAAACUUUUGAUGGCCUCUUCCAGCUAUCAAUCUGGGGCGCGUAUCACAUCUGCCAGAAUGCUUCGUGAUAUACCAAACGGGCCCUACUUUUACUCGCCGCAGACUGGAGAGAUCUAUCAGGCCUUCCGUCUCUAUUCCGAUCAUCAGCUAGCAUUCACCGAAGCUGCCCUUAGCGAUGGGGCCGGAGGAUUCAAGCCCUUGCCAGCAACUUCAUCGGGCGCAAUGACGAAGAGCGUUGCUGUACCAUCUAGGCUAUACUAUACACCAACAUCAAUGAAGCCACUUGCAGGGUUACGUUUGGGAGUGAAAGAUAUCUUUGACUUGAAGGGACUACGGACUAGUGGUGGCAAUCGGGCCUUUUACGAUUUAUAUCCUCCGCGGAACACUACAAGUCCCGCACUCCAAAGACUCAUAGAUGCGGGGGCCAUUAUUGUAGGAAAAAUGGGCACCGUGCAAUUUGCAAAUGGAGACAAUCCCACAGCUGAUUGGGUGGACUUCCACUGUCCUUUCAACCCUCGAGGUGAUGGCUAUCAAAGCCCCGGCGGUUCAUCGUCAGGCCCUGGUGCCGGUAUCGCAUCUUAUGACUGGCUAGACAUUGCCGUGGGAAGUGACACUGGUGGCUCCAUGCGCAACCCAGGGAGCUUGCAGGGACUCUUUGCCAACCGCCCUUCUACUGGGGCUGUAUCUCUUGACAAUGUUCUUCCACUUUGCCAUGCACUCGAUACAGCUGGAGUUUUUGCUCGAAAUGCUGCAACAUGGUCAAAGGUUAUGCAUGCGUGGUACCAGAACUUCACUAACUAUAGAGAGUAUCCGAAAAGGUUGUUCUACCAGAACUCUUCUUUCCCUGGCUCCAACACAGCAUCCGGUGCACUGCUCGAGGGGUUCGUUAUGAAAGUGGAAGAUUUCCUGGGUACGAAGAGGGAGUUUGUUGAUAUCGCUUCGCAUUGGGAGAAAAGUCGCCCUUCCGAGGCGCCCUCAAAUAUAACUGAUUUACUGAAUACAACGUAUGCUGUGUUGGUAUCUGUCGAUCAAUACCGCUCUCUUUCUUUGCCGUUUUACGCAGACUACGCAGCAAAGCACGACGGUCGCCGACCAUUUGUGAACCCAGGCCCCUUGUUGCGAUGGGCCUGGGGCCAGAAUAAUGGUGGUGACGCCGCAUAUGGCGAAGCUCUCAAGAAUAAAACAAUCUUCAAAGACUGGUGGGAAUCGGAUGGAUACGGAAAGGCAGACACAAAGACUUGCUCUGAGGGUAUCUAUAUGUAUCCUUAUAGCAAGGGUCAGACACAGUAUCGGAAUGCCUAUUUUGAUGCACCUUCUGCGCCUCCGAUGGGCUUUACGGAUGGUCGGGUGGCCAUCUUGGCCGGUACCCCUGAUCUGGUAGUUCCUGUUGGAGAGGUCCCAUAUUACUCCACCAUCUCGCUUAAAACUGAGUUCAUGCCGGUUACGAUGAGUUUUGGCGCAGCCCGAGGGUGUGAUUUGAUGCUGGUCAAUCUCAUCGAGGAUUUGGAACGGGCGGGUAUCUUGAAGCCCGUGAGCACAGGGCCAAUGAUGUAUCCUGCAUGA